CAGCCUUCCAGCCUCACCACCGUCGUUGGCCCACCUCCCCACCCGCCAUACGCCUGCAGCCUCAUCGUCGACCUGUCUACCGCCCCAUAGUGACUAGGUGCAUAGUCGAAGCACAACGGGCAACAUGGCGCGCGUCUACGCGGACGUCAACCAGAACAUGCCGCGGGCAUACUGGGACUACGACAGCGUCAACAUCAGCUGGGGUGUCUUGGAGAACUACGAGGUUGUCCGCAAGAUCGGUCGUGGCAAGUACAGUGAAGUCUUCGAAGGCAUCAAUGUGGUCAACUACCAGAAAUGCGUUAUUAAGGUGCUCAAGCCUGUCAAGAAGAAGAAGAUCAAGCGUGAGAUCAAGAUACUGCAGAACCUGGCCGGGGGCCCCAAUAUCGUCGCAUUGCUCGACGUUGUCCGCGAUUCACAGAGCAAAACGCCCUCGCUCAUCUUUGAGUUCGUGAACAACACGGACUUCCGAAGCUUGUACCCCAAGUUCAAUGAUUUCGAUGUUCGGUUCUACAUCUCCGAGCUCCUCAAGGCGCUGGAUUUCUGCCACAGCAAGGGCAUCAUGCACCGAGAUGUGAAGCCUCAUAACGUUAUGAUCGAUCAUGAGAACAGAAAACUGCGGCUCAUCGACUGGGGUCUGGCCGAGUUCUAUCACCCCGGCACGGAAUACAAUGUGCGCGUGGCCUCUCGCUAUUUCAAAGGACCGGAGCUCCUGGUUGAUUUCCAGGAGUAUGACUACAGCCUGGACAUGUGGAGUCUCGGGGCCAUGUUCGCAUCCAUGAUCUUCCGCAAAGAACCCUUCUUCCACGGCAACUCUAACAGCGACCAGUUGGUCAAGAUAGCCAAGGUUCUGGGCACCGAUGACUUGUUUGACUACUUGGACAAGUACGAGAUUGAGCUUGACGCCCAGUACGACGACAUCCUCGGCCGCUUCCAGAAGAAGCCCUGGCACAGCUUUGUUAAUGCCGACAACCAGCGCUUCGUCAGUAAUGAGGCCAUCGAUUUCCUCGACAAACUCUUGCGCUACGAUCAUCAGGAGCGCUUAACAGCUAAAGAGGCCAUGGCCCACCCUUAUUUCAACCCUAUCCGUGACGAGGCCAAUCUCCAAGCUUACCUUGCUGGUGCUCCUGGAGUUGUAAACUCCUGAUUGGCGCAGCGAAUAGCCCACCAACAGCGAAACUCUUUUGCUUGAUGGUCCGUGUCCGCCGACGAGAUAUCCCGGAACACUGUCAUUCUCCAUCAGAGCAGUAUCGAGAAGUGUGACCAGGUCUUAAUGCGAUGCUUCCCCGGGCAAGGUGUCAACUGUCAAUCCUGACCUCGGCUCCUGUUUUCAUGUACUACUGUCAUUUUACAGUACUUGGAAGCAAAGAUUGAGAAUCUUGUAGCCAAUGCAUUCCGCCAAUGGACACAUUCGCUUCAUGUACGGGCUGCUCUGGAAACCCCACCACCGCCCCCCCCCCCAAACAAGAGAGACAUUACAGUCAAUGCACGAUGCUACCGAAUAGGGGAGGAACAGUAUUUCAGAUCUUGCGUUUUGUUGACAUCAAACACAAGCUGAGCAGAGUAUGAGGCUGGGGGGGGGGGGGUUGCUUUCGAAAGACCCGAGAUAGGAGGAAAUCAACUGCACCAUGCCGGUCAUUGGUGGGAGACCCCCAAGUCGCAACAGCAGGGAAAUUCAUGCUUACUCACGUGGGAAGAAGUUGCACUUUGCAUAUCAUGCUGUUUGAGGGGUUUUACCAGUGUUGGGAGCACACUUUUCAUUAGGCUUUACACUCUAUGACGAAUAAUGUGAACGUGCUGGAUGGUAGGAGGACUACACCGACUGCAGUUGCCAAAAUGUGGUUUCGGCCUAUAAUCCUUUGCAACCCGUCGUGCUUGCUCCCAAGUGAACUUUUGAUUUCGUAGUGAUACAUGCCCGCUCGACCGACAUUGGCGUUGGCAAGUCAUUUCAAAUACUAAUACAGGCGAAACAGAAGUCUCUCCCGCACCUAAAACCACCCUCCCCGCACCUCCUCUUCGUGCCUCCAGGUGUCUGGACCACGGAAACCGAUGGACUCGGCGCCCGGGUACUGUUGACCACGCCCCCUGUGAGGUCAUUUGUGCUGCGGCGUCUACUCUCCCUGUUCUUGUUCCUGCAUCCUGGAGUGCUAUGCUUAUCAGCCUUGGAGCAUGAGGAAGGGCCGAAGAGCAGGCUAGCCACACGCAUUUUCUUCCCUGCGCUUGCCGUGGGAGGCGGAUCGGCGUCCUGGCGCAGGGCGAGGAUGCGGUGGUACCCAGAAGGCGUGAAGUCGGCGAGGUGGAACGAGAUCUCGUCUUCAUCAUCUUCGUCGUCGGACAGGAGAGAAAUGAGUCCUGGGCCAGAAGCCUUAGGUUUCUCAGGCCGCGGCCUGCACUUCGGACGAGGCGUCGAUGGCGCCAGUGGGGCAGACUCGGCCGUCUGCGGUGACUUUGCUGAGGCUGAUCCAUCUUCCGCGGGGGCUGUCGACGACGCGACGACUGGUGACGGUUCCUCUAUGAGACCAGGUAGGCCUUGAAGGUCAUUACCAGGCCCAUUCUGGCAACGGCUUCUGAGCGGCUGACAUUCUGCUUUUGACGUAGCUUUUUGCCCGCGCUCCUCUAAUCCUUGUUCUUCUGGCCGCUGCCGCUUGCUUCGGGUUCGCCGGUGUAAAGAAUGCUUGGCUACGUCAGAUGUGCUGCCAUAGACCACAUGGUCCGGACGGGGUUCCCGGCUUGGGCCGGAGGCUCCUGUUGCACGUGCUGCUGCAUCGUGCUCCGGACCCGGCUGUGGCGAUAUCCGCGCAACUCGAUUCCGUUUUCUCUGAAGCGAAGCAUCAAGCGCGACUGAUGUAGGCGGGGAUUUCGACGCCUUCCCGUUAUAUUCAUUUCGUGAAGCACCUUGUGCAGCUAAGCCGGCAGCACCUGCCCUCUCUGACUUACACCGGAUGGUGCUCUUCCUUGGCAACAAAUUCUCCUCGUCUGAGAAUGUGUAGCUUGGAUCUACUAUGUUCCUUUCGAAUUGCUCUUUGGACGGCUUCUGCGGCAUGCUCGGUUGUGAUUCCUGUGGUGGUUGGCUGCCAAAGUUAGUCGAUGCGGGUGCGCCGUUCUGCUUUGAAGUAGACAUUUCAUACACGCCGGCAAAGGCAGAGGCCGGACCUAAUGUCUUCCUCUGGGAUACGUCUCUUUGGGUUCUUGGUUCCAUGGCUCCAGGGUCGAGGCGUUCUGCGGCCAGCUCAACGACACCAGGUCCAGUCGGUGGCUCGCAUGGCUUCUGGAGACCCAGAGACCUACUAGACAAGGGUGGCUCCAGCGCUUGAUGCGACGCAUCAACUCCCAGAGAGGUUCUGCUGACUGUUUCUGAUCCAUGAUCUCCGUGGUAUUGAGCAAACGGGUCGAGUUGGCCAACCUUCCUUGCCUUGAUCUCGACAUAAAAAGUCCGCCCGGAUGGCUUGAUGGGGGUGUUUCCAGUGACAUCUAAAAAGUCUUCCUCCAUGCCAGUAGCGUCUGGAUCUUCUUUUGGGCCAGCCAGUUGCUGCUCGGCAGGGUCCUUGGGCUGCCUUGUUUUGCGCCUCGCGACGGUAUGCCCUCGCUUUCUUUUGGCAUGGCGGGGCGCUUGUUCUCUCUGACAGGGAGAGACCGCGAUCGGACUGCUUGCUGAGCGUGACCGCGCCUCGCUCGUCUUUCCCUUAGCCUGCAUGCAGUAGUUGUCUGUGUUGGAAGAGGCAGACUUCACGCCGGGCUUUGAAGUUGGCCGUGUGCCCAACACUUUUCUUCUCGAUUGGUCCGCCGAGGGUGACGUAGCCGCGAUGUUUUCGAUCACAUCUUGAAUCAUUUCAUGCAAGCCAGGGUCGUUGUCGGGGCUGCUUCCGACGGCGGGGAAUUUACUCUUGAUCAAGGGCGACCCUUUGGCCCCAAGUAGAUUGUCAGGGGCGCCUAGGAGAACAUCUUCUUCAUCGCCGUCCUGAUCUCUGGUCUUGGUCAGGGGGCCGCCCGUCACGCGAGUAACCCGCCGGGUGCCAAAGAUCGGCUGCUGCGCCUGCGAUACAAAGCGUGUGCUCAUAAAUGCGGACUGAGGGAGUUCGGGUGUCCGCCAUGCAGGGUCCACGACCUGCGUCCGUCGCACCUCCCAAAGGCCAAAGGGCUGACAUGGCGGCGUCAGAGACUGGGGAGCCGGGGCCACACCUGAAGUUGGAUGCACGACAAUCUUGGGAUCGCUCCGUGCCGCCACGUCUGAUGAGCCAUCCCCAAAUGCCUCAUCUCUGAUUCCAUGGACGAUGAGGUCGUCUCCUGAGCAGUGUGCAUCUUCCUGUUCGCCCUCGCCGCCUUGUCCGAACUCCUGGACGGCUGUGAUGGACUGGAGAUGGCCAUUGUCCACGACAACCUGGCCGGUUCUCAGGUCGAUUUCGUCACCAAUGCCAGUGAAAUCCUUGCCGUACUUUGAGAAUAUGCUCUCAAAUCUGGAUUUGAGCUUAUCUGAGGCACGCGCCCUGGCUUGUUCGAGCUGGUAGACAGGGUCUCGCCUCUGGUUGAGCUCAUUAGGCUCGCACUCGAGCUCGUCCUCGUCCUCGUCGUCAGUGCCAAGAGAGUCAAGCGCGAUCCUUUGUCGCUUGACAGGACGUUCCAUAGUGGUGACCUCGUGGGUGGGAUCAUGGCAUGGCCCCGUGGCCGAGGGGUUGCGGCGAGGAUGAAGGACUCAAUCAA